AUGGCUACUACCGGUAGAAAGAGACUUAGGAACCGUGGCGGGAGGACUUCUUAUGGGAGUACCUUUCUCGGCCAGACGGAUCCAUCAGCUUCUACCUCCCGCACCCCCGAAACUGUCCCCGAAAGCCAAAUUCCUAGCGUCCCGUAUGUGCCGCAGGCGCCAUACGAUCCACAUGCAUACUAUCCGCAGCCUUACGUCGACCCAACUACAUACUUUACUUAUGAGGAGGGUCGUGAUCAUCAGCAGCCUCAUGAUCAGCAGCCACAACAUCCACAACAACCUCCACAGCCGGCACAGCCGGCACAGCCGGCUCCAGAGCAAGUUCCAUACGAGCCUCCAGAGGAGGCUCCUGCAGUUCCUGGUCUUCAUCCAGAUUUGAUGGUGCCACCGGAUGCACCUUAUGCAAGAUAUUCUGUGGAAGACAUUCUCAGGAUGCCAGGACGAGAAGGUUUACCCGUCCUCGAUCCAUAUCUACGAUCCGGCACGACUUGGUAA